UCAUCUCCCUUAACGUAACCGCAUGUUAUAUAUAUUGCAUUUAUUCAUAGACGUCAUAGGAAGACCGGAUUACAUUGGUGCUUAUGGGCGGUGGUUUUUGACCACCAUACUUCCACAUCCCACACCGCUAAUCUCCCUCUCUCUCUCCUCACUCUCUCUCUCACACACUGACACACACCACCACAGAAUACAGAUACUGAUACAGAUACAGAAUCAACAUCACUGGUGACCAAAAGGAACUGAGACAAGAUUUUUGUUGGAUCUUGAAAGCAUCAUGGAUGAUGAUGAGGUGGCUUUAGGGAAGGGGUCUGUGUUCUUUUAUGGUGUGGGUCAUGUGCUCAAUGACAUAACAGCUGCUUGCUGGUUUACUUAUCUUUUGGUGUUCAUGACAGAUAUUGGAUUAUCCCCCAGGGAUGCUGCUACUGUCAUGCUUUCUGGGCAGAUAGCUGAUGGAUUCACAACUAUUUUUGCUGGUGAAUUGAUAGACAGAUUCGGACAUUUUAAAAUAUGGCAUGGAGGAGGGUCGAUACUGGUAGCCGUUUCAUUUUCGUCUGUAUUUGGAAGCUGUGUUCCUUGUCUUAUUUUCGGCAACGAAUCCACUACCUUGCAAACACUUGGCUACAGUUUUUUCGCAGCCGUCUUCAAUGUGGGAUGGGCAGCUACACAAGUCUCACACAUGUCUAUGGUGAAUUGCAUCACCCUUAAUUCAACAAGUAGGGUAGUUAUGACUAGUUGUCGGAAUGCAUUUUCGAUGGUUGCCAACCUCAGCUUAUAUGCCAUUGCCUUUGUGGUCUUCCAUGUUAACCCUUCACAAACUACAAAAGAAAUUGAAAAUCAGUAUCGAUGGAUUGCAUACUUGUCGAUAUUCGUUGGGUGUUGCUUUGUGGUCGUGUUUCACAUUGGGACAAAAGAGCCAAGAUUGAAGGAAGACUCUAAAGGGCAUGCUUAUCAAAAGAUAGCAUGGACUUACUGGUUUGAAAAAGUUCUAUACUAUCAAGUUGCGCUUGUCUACAUUUUCACGCGACUAAUUACCAACGUGUCUCAGUCAUUUCUCGCGUUCUAUGUCAUCAACGACCUACGAAUGGCCCAGUCUUCUAAAGCACUGAUUCCAGCGAUGAUCUACAUUUCCAGCUUUAUCGUCUCCAUCGUGCUACAGGAACUCACAUGGAGCAGCCGACGUUUAAAAAUUUUCUUUUCCGUUGGAGGUGUUUUGUGGAUACUUUGUGGCUCAGCAAUCUUCUUUAUGCCAAGCAACUUGAAGAAUAUCAUGUACUUCCUUUCAUUCGUCAUCGGCAUUGCUAAUGCUCUCAUAUCGGUCACUGGAAUAAGCAUGCAAAGCUAUCUAGUCGGGGAAGAUGUCAAAGGCUGCGCGUUUGUGUAUGGAUCCUUGAGCUUCCUCGACAAGGUGUCGUGUGGGCUUGCUUUAUGGAUACUCGAGUCAUAUCAAAAUACCUCUACAGCCCUGAAGGAUUGCAGCCCAAAGUGUUCAUGUUUUUCGGUUUCAAGAUACGGGGUUGGUCUUGUGCCUGCCGUUUGUGCACUUGCGGCAGUGGUUGUGACAUGCACCAUGAAGCUCGAGAAACCCCGGUUAAGACCUUUGAAGGUACCCCUUUUGGAAUAGGGUCGGUCAACGCACAAGUUCUUGACCUCUUAUCUAGCUUGAACCACAUAUAUUUUUGGUUCAUUUGUUUUAAACUCGAUUCGAGUUAUCUAUUUUUAGAAUUUUAUCUAUUGACAUCCAACAAACUUGAUUAUUAAUGGUGGGUGGAAGCAUAAGUUAUGAAAGUAUUAUUAAUUGCUAGUGAUUUUUUAGUUAA